GAUAAAGUAGAACACGAUCAAGGCCAGCAUAAUUGCAAUUGGUUGCCGAGCAAGGAGCUGAAUGACGCUACAUGUAGCCGCAGUUGAUGCUACCUGUUAUCGUGCCGAGUUGCUGAAGAUUCGUUGGACAUUAUAGCUUGCUCGCCUUAUCUCUUUUUACUCGUAUAGGUAGUCCCGAGACCAUGACAUCCUCAGCAGACUCGUCCCCUCUGAAGCAACCCCCUCAUGUAGAUGUCGAGGUUGACUCUCAGGACUACAAAGAUGCUCUCUUGGAAAUCCUGGCCGUCAUCAGACCGAAAUGGAAAAAGGAUGCCGUCAGAUUUAAGCCUCUGGCGCAGGGUAUGAUCAAUCUUAUGCUGACCUGUUACGUGAGCGAAGAGGUGGACGAGACAGCAGUAGUCGCCCGAAUAUUCGCGACCAACUUUGCAGGCGUGACGAUGUCGAGAGAGAACGAGUUCGGAUGCACCAAAUGCUUUGCAGAACUUGGAAUUGGACCCGAAGUAUACUGUACCUUUAAAAAUGGUAUCUGCUCUGCCUAUGUUAGCGGGUCAUUUUUCACUUGGGAAGAUAUUUCAGCAUUCCGUGACAUCAAGGUGGGAAAACUUGUAGCAAAGGAGUUCGCCAAGAUUCACUGCGACGCUACGCUGAAGAUGUCGAGCAAGUACAAUAUAGGUAAAGGGAUGGAUGCGAAUGAAAUGAUCGGCCUGAUGCUGGAAGCUUGGCCGAUUCCGAUUGCGAAUCCUGAACUACACGAGAAAUUCUACAAAGACAUGUACACCGCUGAUGAAUUCAGGAGGGAAACGGCAUUAUUCGCGGGUGACGUGCAGGGUGGUUUUGAGGGAAUAAAAGACACGCUCUGUCACAACGAUCCAAAUGCGACCAAUUUCAUAUACCAGGAGGACCAAGGUAGAACGGUGCUGAUUGACUACGAGAUGUCUGGAUUGGGCUCGCCGAUAAGAGACCUGGGGACUUAUAUCUGUAUGUCCGCACUUUCAAUAAAGGAUGGUGACGUUGACCUCAAGAAACACUCGCCUGAAUACGUAAGGACGUUCGCGAGGACAUAUCUCGAAGAGCUGAAGAAACUAAACGGGGACAAUAGUCCCGUCACUGAUCAGCUGGUAGAGAAAUACAACAUACUGAUCGAGCGGUCCAUUUUGGUUUUUUUCCUCUUCACAGCAAUCUUUAUACCCCAGUUCGUCGGUUCUUCAGACAAGGUGGAUCCAAAAACGAUGAUUGAAGUGACAUUGGGACGCCUUGAUUGGUACAAGAAGAAUAAGGAUCGCAUUUUGAAACAGGAAAUCCCACGGGAUUAGUCCCCCUAUCCACGAGUCUUACGAUGCCAUCUUCAAGACACGUUCAAUGUCAAUUGCGUACUGGCUGGUUGGAAGAGUGUGUUUUUAAUAGAUUUCAAGAAUUACAGGGUAGAGGGAGGGGUCCUGAAAAGUUCAAACAAUUUUGACCCAUAGUUUAAGUAUGGCUCUUUUGAUUUUAUUAUACAAUAACUGCAAUCAAGAGAAAAAUGUAGAAACUAAAAAAGAAACAUUUUCUUCAGUGCCAAUUUAUUGAAUACAAAAAUUUAAAACACAAAAUAUGAUCACGGCUUUGUCUUUUUAGAAGUAGUACGUAGUCCAUGAUUAUUUUCAAUCUUUGCAAUGGAAACGUAAUUUUCAAACCUUGACUUCAAAAAGACACCGCAUAAUAGGCCAAUGCAUGUCUGUAGUUAAGGAAUUGAGCAGGCAGCCCUUUGCUGUCAGGGGUGCAGAAUGGUCAUGAUUAAACAACCAAGGACCAGCAGCGUGUUGACUAAUCAUGUUAAUUUCU